AUGCCGUUCGAGUUCGGGCUGUGCGAACCCGAGGACCUGGAACGGUGCUUCGAGGUGGUCUCGCUGGCCUUUGGGCACGACCACCCCUACAUCGACGCGCUGUUCCCGGCCCACGACACGCCCCAGGGCCGCGCCGACGGCGCGCGCUGGCUCGGCUCCGCGCUGCGCGACCCCUCCGGCACCGGCCGCGCCGCGCGCUUCUGCAAGGCCGUCGACACCGACACGGGCCUCAUCGUAGGCUUCGCAAAGUGGGACAUCUACGACGGCUUCGCGCCCGACGUCGGGCCGGGCAGCCUCAAGGGCGACCAGUGGCGCGACAAGGAGGCCAAGGAGUGGGCCGACUACAUCUGGUGGGAGUUUACGCGCCGCCGCUGGGCCGCGCUCAAAGAGAGCGGCGGCCACCUCGUGUCAUUGGACAUCAUGAGCGUUGACCUAGCGUACUAGCGCCGUGGUGUCGGAGCAACACUGAUGAAGUACGGCGUUGAUGAAGCUAAUAGAUUGGGAUUAGAGGCUGUAGUUGAGGCCACGAGGAUGGGGAGGUAUCUUUACGAGAAUUUUGGAUUUGAGAUCAGGGAAGACAUCUCGAUACCUAAUCCGCCGGAGCGGGCGGGCCAGCCAGAACAGUUCAUCCACUGGAUGACACGGCCUGCAUAGAUGUAUGGGGCUUGCACGGAACUUGUACAGAACUUUGUUCCAUCUGUUUGUACUGAUAGAAUCUACCCAUCGCCUAGCAGUACAUGCCUGAGUAUGGUGUGCAGGAUAACGACUAGCAAAAACAAAGCACUGCGGUAAACUGGGAUCAGACUGAAAUCUCAAAAGGCGAUGUCUCUGAAGGCGCAAGUCCUUGAGGGGACGAUGUCGGUAGAAGCGAGUCUUGUGGUUCGA